AUGUUUUCAUCACAACAACAUCACUGGUCACGACAACGCUAUAAGUCGAAUCUUAUUGACUCUCACCAAGAGCACCAUCAUCAACGAAUAAGUGAUUCAGAUACAAGUGCCAGUUCAUCUGAGACUUAUCAUUACUAUCAUUCGAUCAUGAUGAAUGAUGAUGGAUUAUUAAUCACACCGGCGUCUUCGAAUAAACGUUCAUUAACCGAUCAUCUGGUUGACUACGUAAAGAAGAGCAAACGUCUUGUUCCAUGUAAAAUCUUAUCUCCGAUAAAGAAAUCCAAAGAACCAAUCACAGCACCAUCGAAACGAGGUUCAUUAUGUAUUGCAUAUUCAAUUGGCAAUGAUGAUCACACCCAAAAUUCGAUUCUUACUCUACACGGUAAGCAAAUUGUUUGUUUUGUCAAAAAAAUCCUGAUGCGAGCCAGACAAUUGUCAUUCGAACAUCCGGAUACUCGUUCAUUAAACACGUACGUUCAAGUGAAAUAUCUCGACUACGAACAAAACUCCAAAACGGUAGCUAAAACUACUUCACCUGUGUACGAUCAAACAUUUUCCAUACCUGUACAAAAUAACAAUUUAUCAACACUAUCGAAACGCUUGACAAUCUCUGUUUAUAAUCAAUCGGAAACAAAUAAGAAGUAA